GUAAAGAACAUGUCGCUGUCAUCUAUCCUUUGUGCUGAUGCCGUCGCUUGCGCCAUCAAGGACUGCCAAGCUCCAGACUCCUUCUGCCCCAAGAAGUUUUUCCAGGUGUGUGGUCUUGCUAAGAAGAGCCCCCAGGAUGUGAAGAAGGUUUUCGGCAUCCUCGACAACGACGGAAGCGGCUAUAUCGAGGAGGAGGAGCUCAAGUUUUUUCUGCAGAGGUUUUGUCCCACCGCUCGGGCCCUGUCCGACAAGGAGACCAAGGAAUUCCUGAACGCCGCUGAUGACGACAGCGACGGCCGCAUCGGAGUCGACGAAUUCCAAGCUAUGGUCCUCUCCUAA